CUCGGGGCCCCGCCUAAAAGGGGAGAAAGGGAAAAACAAUCAUUAAACAGUCGAGCCACACGUGUCCUCGUUAAAACACCAGAAGAACCCUGUCACUCCCCAAUUCUUUCACACCUUCCACACCCCUUUCCUCUUCAUAAUCUUCCUUCUUCUCCGGUAAUAAUCUCAACUUUGACACGGAUCGCACAGAGAUGGCAGAAAGGAAGGAGUCUUGGACAUCCCUGGCCUCCCUCCUGGGCACCCUGGCCUUCUGCCAGACCUUCCUCCAGCUGGUGCUCCUGCCGGAGCUCCGGCACGUUUCCCUCAAGUUACUCAACCGGGCCCUCCGCUGCUUCUCCUCCUACUGCUACUUCGACGUCACCGAGAUGGACGGCGUCAACACCAACGAGCUCUACAACGCCGUCCAGCUCUACCUCAGCUCCUUCGCCUCCACCUCCGCCUCCGCCAGCCGCCUCUCCCUCACCCGCGCCCGCAACUCCAGCGUCACCACCUUCGGCCUCUCCAGCAACGACUCCAUCGCCGACGUCUUUGACGGCGUCGCCGUCCAGUGGGAGCACGCGGUGACGCAGCGCCAGUCCCAGCCAUCCCCGUGGCGGGCCCUCCCCGACGAGAAGCGCAGCUUCAAGCUCCGGAUUAGAAAGCGCGACAAGGACCUCAUCCUCAACUCCUACCUGGACUACAUCAUGGGCAAGGCCAGCGACAUCCGCCGCAACAACCAAGAACGCCUCAUUUAUACUAAUUCGCGCAGCAACGUCCCGGGCCGCCCUUGGGAAGCGGUGCCGUUCAAACACCCGAGCACCUUCGACACGUUGGCCAUGGACCCGGAGAAGAAGAGGGACAUCAUGGAGGACCUCCGCGACUUCGCGGCUGGGCAGGCCUUCUACCAGAGGACGGGCCGGGCCUGGAAGCGGGGCUACCUGCUCUACGGCCCUCCUGGGACGGGGAAAUCGAGCAUGAUUGCAGCCAUGGCCAAUUUCCUCGGCUAUGACAUCUACGACCUCGAGCUGACCGAGGUGCCCUCCAACUCCGAGCUCCGGAAGCUCCUCAUGAAGACUAGCUCAAAGUCCAUCAUUGUCAUUGAGGACAUCGACUGCUCAGUCAAUCUGUCGAACAGGUCCAAGGCGCCCAAAGCCCCCGCUCCUCAGAGCUACUCUGACCCUGACGCCCCCGAUGCUGCGUCUGGUGGCAAGGACUGGAACAAUAACACUAUGACCCUAUCGGGACUGCUCAACUUCACCGACGGCCUGUGGUCGUGCUGUGGGAGCGAGCGGAUCUUUGUGUUCACCACCAACCACAUCGAGAAGCUCGACCCGGCAUUGCUCCGGAGCGGCCGGAUGGACAUGCACAUCUGCAUGAGCCACUGCUCGUACCCAGCGCUCGAGAUCCUGCUCGAUAACUACCUGGGUAGCAAGGGCGAGGACCUCGGCGAGGUGGCGGCGAGCGAGCUCCAAGAGGCGGUCGAGAAGGCCAAGAUGACACCGGCGGACAUAAGCGAAGUCCUGAUCAAGAACCGGAGGAACAAGGAGAAAGCAGUGAGCGAAUUGCUGGAGGUGUUGAAGGCGAGAGCAGAUAGGAACGAGAAGUACGGAGGGUUGAGAGAGGAGUGCAAGUCGAACAGGGUGGAAGAAGAGGAGCAAGAGAAGAGGGCUCUGGAGAGCCCCGAAGAAGUCAGAGACCGUGAGGACAAUUCUGGCAAGAAAGUGGAGGACCAAUAAGAGAAGAAGAAAGCAAAAUGAGCGGGAAAACUAAUUUGUCCUUUCCUUUGUCGACCCUCCGCAUUCGUGUCUUAUUAUGUCUUUUAAAUCACCAAUAACUCAGCAAAAUUGUAAGAAAUAGGAAUAAAGCUCGUACGACAUAUUGAGUCUACCCACUUUUGUCGGUAUGUCUUGUUUUGUUCUUCUUGGGAUGGCCGGCCACAUUCAUGCUUGCAUUAGGCCACCCACC